AUGCCAUUUGCCGACAAACAUAUGUCCUGUGCAAGGGCUGUUCACACCUGUGCGAAAUGCAAUCGGCGAUUCACGGGAAAGGAAUCUAAAGAGAGUUUUAUACAGCAUUUAGAACACAGUUUAAAGCAUCAGAUCACCAAAGCUGGCGUGCCAGAAAGCUGCGGUCAUUGUGUUCGUUCCUUUUCGAGCACGAGUGCGUUACUCCAGCACCUGGAAAACAAUCGCCACCAUUUGAAAGAUUUACACCACGCCGCUUGCACGGGAAAGUUUCAACUCGUUGAGCAAUUAAUGAGAACCGAAGCCGCAAAUUGUCCCGGCGAUUCUCAUCGCCCGUCAAAACCUCAGACGGGCUACACGCCAAUGCAUUGUGCAGCCUUCGGUGGACAUGAUGAGUGCUUAAAAAUUAUGCUUAGCUGGCCCGAUGGAGACCCAAAUGUCGUUGAUCCUGCUGAUGGCCGAACUCCUGUUCACCUCGCAGCUUGGAAAGGACAUGGCGUUUGUCUCAAGUUACUGCUUAGGAAGGGUGGAAGGCUACGUGAACGUGAUUUCAGUGGAAAAACACCGAUUUCUUUAGCCAGAGAUCCAUCUUGUUUGUCUUUAAUUGUUUAUUAUUUAGCUGGUAAGUACGAUGUUUAAUGUUAAGCUUAAUCUUAACCACCGUUGAUUUUCACUUGUUUAUUAUUCAGUCAGACCCGGGUCAUAUAUUGAUGGAGGAAGAAAUUAUAACAAUAUGGCGAAUUAAUCCCUCUCAUGUAUGUACAGUAUGUAUGUAAGAUUAUCUGGAAAGAGUAAUACAUGCAUAGACCGGCCCGAAAUUGGAUUUGAUUGAAGCACGCGUAUACAAUUUAAAAAAACAAAAAAGUUCCUUCACCAUAAGGGUGAUUUCUCAGUAAAAAAAUUAUUAAACGAUUUGUAAUUAUCAUUAAAGUUCCCUACCAAUGUCUGUUUCGAAAACUACAGUAAAAAGGAUAGGUCACCAUGCUUACUUAAGGAGGCUCUAUGGGGUUUUUGCUGAAUGUUGACGCGCUCGUCAGUGGUAAUUUGGCUUUGCCUUUGAUUUUCUUCAACUUGCUUUAGUAAAAUCUCUCAAAAUUUUCACAGUUUUGAAAAUCGACCUGCAGAUCAUCUCAAAGCCGAAAAAAUAUAGGGGUCAUAAUGGCAGUUUCCUCGCUAUUUGCAAUUUUGUGUUUUCUUACUCUAUCUUGAAUUUGGUCUUAUGAAUUUUUUAUUAUCAGCAGGCAUUGGGAAGGGUAAAAAUAUGUUUAACGGUCCAGCUAAUCUAAGGAAAUUCCGCCGAAGGAAACGUGAUAAAUCUUACUCGAAAGGUCCCUAUUUUCUUUGACGCAAAACGUUACGUAAUGGAAUAGAACUUCGCCGCGAUCGGUAUCUGAGCAAGUGUAGACUUACGAAUCUGUCGCCCGCUAAUUUGGAAAUCUUUCCCACGGUGUUUUCUUUUCGGUUGACCUCUUUUUCAAGCGUAGAAAGUCUUUGAAUAUUACGGGUGCAGUUGCUGGAAACCCUAGAUUCUAUCACAUAAAAACUGUAUUGUGUUAAACUGUUUUUAACACACCUUUUCAGAAAACGAUCGUGCUAUCGUAUCGAGCCGCCAUGUUUGUUUUGCAUGUUGACACUUUUAAAGAUCGUGUUAUGUUCGUACUCAGAUCUCGCGCGGUCAAAAAAACCCUUUGGAGCCUCCCUAAGAGAAAUGACAGGGCCAAUCUUACCCCAUUGAUGGCUGUGUUAGUACCAAUCACGCGUGUUAUAUCAUCGGUUACGGUACAUUUAAUUUAAAACUUGAAAAAAAAAACUUGAUAGGUAGAAGGUCUCGAGCGUAUGGAACAAUGUAACAUAUAAUUUGUGGAAAAAUCAUGCAAUUUCAAAACGUUCAUCAAGUAGUUGCUGUCAAGGUCCUAAUUUGAAUCCUUGAGCAACAAGCUUCGUGCACGCUUUUAGCUACAUCUUUUUUUCCCUCUGAUGAUUUUUUUAUUCAUUUUUCCAAUUCAAAAGGUGAACUCUGUGUACCGAAUUUAUGCAAAAGAAAUGUAGACCAUUGUGUUCAUUCAAGACCAUAAGACCAUCAUUCGUCGAUUGAAACACAAUAUUACAAUGUCAUCAAAAUGUGCACGCUUAUUCGCCUGAUUACAUGAUUUUGUUUACAAACAAAAAAAGUUUUGAAAUGAUCAGUGUUUGGUCUUUUACAGAGACGGAAUACAGGCUGGAUGUGGAAGGAUCAAUUGAACAUGUAUGGAAGAGUCUUUGCGGGGAAAGCAGUCCAAUAGUUUCCUCGCCAGUCAUGGAACUCCAAGACCCAUGCCAUGGUGGGGUGAUCAGUCAAUCCAACAAUGAAGGUAAAGUUCACUACAACAACAAUAAAAUUAUGUCUUUUUUAUCAGGAUGAUUACUGCUAUAAAAGAAGAAUCCAUAUUCCAGCUUUCCCUCUCACUGUGUAGACAUUUGGGGUUUAGGCCUGUCCCGGUUGGCCUCGGCAACUUUUGAUCAACCUUUAACAUUCGGAGCAACAUAAUUUUGAGGGGCUAGCUAGCAUUAACAAUUUUUGCCUUUCUGAGCAAUUUUAAAGCAAAAUAUAGGUUUAGAGUGCACAUCAAAUACGACAAAGUCAACAAUUUCAUCAAAACAUUCAAUAGAUAUAUGGUUUCGACUCUGAGAAUGCAAUCAAUAGAUCUAAUUACAUUCAAGCAUGUGUUUUUUCCUGCUAGGCUUAGGAGUAUCCUUAAAUUUUGCCCAUAUCUGCGAGAAACUCUUUAAAGAUAAGUUUCAAGCUAUCUUUCUUGAACUAUGUUAGCUUUUAUCACAAGAAAUGAAAAAUAAAGCUUUUAAUUAACGUUUAUAUCAAAAUUUCAAGAAAUUCAAGAAGUAGCCUUUUUGAAUUUUUGCAAUUUUUAGCAAGUUUUUUGCUUAGUCUAGCUAGCAACUUUCCAGCAUUUUACAAACACAAUUGAGAUAGGCCUAGUGGGGUCCCCAGUUUUUCCAUUACCCACCAAGUGCAAUUUUACCAAAAAAAAUUCUUGUCUAAAAAGCAACCCCUCCUAUUGCUAAAGCUGGACCAUUUGAGGCCUAACCAGUAAUAUUUGAAAUAAAGUUACUGACUCAGAAUUUAACAUUGUUCACAUUGAUUAUGCAUAUCAAAUACGGUUGGGAAUCAAAGUAAGACUGUGCUUGACCACAGUCAAAAUAAAUGAGUGAUGACUGGUCCAAUGAUUAAAAAUCAUCUCGCCAAUAUCUUACUAUUUAUUAUUGUUGUUAUUGUUGUUGUUGUUGUUAUUAGGGAGUAUGACCUGGCGUCAAAUGUGUAGGCUUUUAGAACAAAGCUAAUAAUUAAUAAAUGAUUUUACGCAUUUUUAACGAAUGCAGAAUUUUCCAACGAACCAUAUGAAGUCCUUGCAAGGGGUGAAUUGGCAGUUGAAAUAUUCAAUCAGGCACUACGUGAGGGAAAAGCACGUAUAUCUCGCAUGCAGCUCACUGUCAUAGGGAAUGUAGGGGUCGGAAAGACCAGCCUUGUACGUUCUCUCAGCGGGGAGGAGUUUGAAGAAGAAAGAAAAGAAACUCAUGGAAUUGACACUUCCAUGGUCGAGAAGAUAGAAUUAGACGUGUCGUGGCAUGCCGCAGACCCGAACAAGUCCCAGGUGGAUGAAAUUUUAGUAGAUCAAGUUUGUCAAGGAAUUCAACGUUCCCCAAGGGUGGGCCAUCCUUGUCCUACUCGAGGGAGACGGCUGACUCAUUCUCACCAAGGACCGUCCUUUUUGCCAAGAGGGCAACAUCCUUCUUACGUAAGGCGACUUCGUAGCAUAGAAGGUCCAUCCACUUCGGGGAGCACCAGUGCAAGCAACGGGGAGCAGACAAGCUUAGCGACAGAGUCACCUGCCUUACUGCACAGUCUUACUUAUGAAAGGAGGUCUUCACGUGAGAUACCAAUCGAAGAGAUCAUGCGAAGGCUUAGUCUGAAUUCGGAAACGUCUUUGGGUGAGAACGAAAAGAAGUACGCUAAGAUCAGCAUUUGGGACUUAACUGGCCAUUCUCUGUACGAAGCUAUGCAUCAUGUUUUCCUAAACAGGCGUUCCUUUUACCUCGCUGUGUUAAAUUUGGGUCGGCUGUGUAACCUUGACAGUGCCAACCAAGUUUUAGAAGAGAUUAAUUAUUGGCUCAAUUCCAUACGCGUGCAUGCUCCUCACACGACUCCUGUGUUCCUAGUGGGAACACACAGCGGCGAGGUGAGCGAGCAAGACAAAGCAACAGCAGAGAAGACGCUUUAUGAAAAAUUAACUGAGAAGUUUGGUCAACAGCUUGUAAAAAGCAAGGAAAACAGUUUUCUCUUUCCAGUAGAAAACACCCUUGGUGGCGAAGAUCCCGGUGCAGGGGCCUUAAAGAAGGCCAUCGAAAAUGAAGCAACACGCCUGAGUAAAAUGGAUGAGGAGUUUCCCCUAUCGUGGCUUGAUUUUGAGGAGGAAAUUCUGAAGUGCAGAGAGGACCAAGACUUCCCGCCAUGUGUCCGUAAGUCCGACCUAAAACAGAUGCUGGAGCAGAGUACAUCCCGUAAUAUCGAUGAUAGAGAGUUUGGAAGCAUGCUGCAGUUCUACCACGACAGUGGUGUGAUCAUCCUGCCAGGUCAGUAAAAAGUCUUAAUUUUAAUUUUUCUUAGUAAUCUUGUCCCACAAAAUAUCAUGCAAACGAUUUAAUUCAUAUUUAUGUCAAGUUCUUGAGAGAAAUCCUCCCAAAAAAAUAGAACCGCAUUUUCUGAAUUUCAAAAGCAUAAACUUAGACUGUUAUGUUAAGGCCAGCCAUUGUCGCGGCUAAUUUAUUUCUAAAAAAGUAGGUUGUUAUUCAAACCCUAAGUCGUACUUUUAUAUUCCCCUCAGCUCGACUAGAAUAAUAAUUUAGAAUUUGUUUUCAGAAGAGCUAAUUGGACCAAAGACACACCACUCCGACUUAAACGAUGUAGUGGUAGUCAAUCCGCAGUAUCUCGUUGAUGUCAUGACCCGCCUACACGACAUUUCCGAUCACCUGAAUAUUGAUCGUGAACAUCAGAGUCAGUAG